AUGAUCUCGGCUCGCACCUUUUUCAUCUUUGGAGCUGUGUUUCUUUGUGGUUUGAUUUCUGCAGACGACCCCGACUCGAGAAAUGAGUAUCUGUUGAAUAGCUUCUUUGAUGUCGAGAAUGGAACAUAUUAUAAGUCCAAGUUAACACACGCUGUUAAAGAGGAGCCCGAGGAAAAUCAGCACUCGAUUGGAUUCACUGAUGACGAGAUUUUAACCUCGGAGCAGAAACACGACUUCCAACAGUCCUUGGUUACAACGAACACUGUUAAGGAAAAUCAGAAGAGAAAAGUUGUACCGCACAUAAAAGCUCUUUGGCCGAAUGGAAUUAUCCCGUACAAGUUUUCGAGUAACAGAAUGUUUUACUCGUUGGAUUCGGAAAAGGCGGUUCGUCAAGCUAUGGACCACUGGGAAAAGUACACGUGUCUACAAUUUCUAGGAACCAUUGUGCACGAGCUAGGUCACGUGAUUGGAUUCUACCAUGAGCAUGCGCGAUCGGACCGCGACCAGUUCGUUCGCAUCAUCGCGAACAACAUUAAAUAUGCGUACCGCUUCAACUUCGUCAAGGCAAAGCUUUCAACGAAUGAAGCUCCUUACGACCUAGCCUCAGACAUGCAUUACGGUUCAAAGUUUUUCUCAAAAAGUGGAGGUAACACAAUUGUAGCAAAGGACCCAUUUCUUCAGUUUCUCAUGGGUAGGCGAUUCGGACUGAGUUUUUACGAUAUCCAGGAAGCGAACAAGGCGUACAACUGUUCUGCACAGUGUGGUGGAUUACCGGCGUGUAAGAAUGGUGGUUUCUUGUUGAAGGACUGUACGUGCCACUGUCCUGAUGGUCUUGUCGGGGUCACGUGUGGGGAGAUUUCACGAAAGCAGUCCAAAGGAAAUGGAUACAUGCAUUUCCUAACUUAUGGACGUAUCUUACAUAUCAUCACUUCACCGUAUCCGAAAACGCACGCUUUGUGGUUUAUCAAGAGUCCCGAGGGCACGACGAUGGAACUGGAGGUGGAACUGGACCUGAGUCGGAGCGAGCACACGCACACGUGCAGACACUGGGUGGAGAUCAGAUACAACCUGCUCGGGCAGGAGGGACCGAGAUUCUGUGGACGGUCAACUGAAACACAGACGCUAAUUGAGACGUCCAGCAACGUCCUGAUGAUAAAAUAUAACGGCGAGAUCGGCGACCCGAUUAGACGUAACGGCGACGGGUUUUCAAUCAACGUUAAGGUUUUGGGUCAUAUCAACCAGCACGUCAGGUGUACAUUCUCAGAUGCUGAUAUGGACUCGUGUCCGUUCUUCCAGGCGCCCGGCAGCAACAAUGGCUUUCAGAGAAUGGCCAUAACUUUGUCUUGGCUUAAGAGUCAUAACAAAGUCAUGGAUGAGAGCAGUCGAGCAUACCUGUACAUAGAUUCCAAACAGAAGAAACCCGGCUCAAAGGCUACCUGCACGAGCGCCCAAAUAGAAGGUAUAUAUUUCCAUUACACCAAGUAG